AUGUCCCCAACCCACAGUAAAGUCCGUAUAACGGAGAUUACUGAACCUCCACCUUAUUCAAAGAGACUGUUCCUGGAGUGGCAUAACAUACCUGCUGUUGACUUGGAGGAUGGCAUGGAUCACACAGAGAAAGAAUCAGGUAAUGAUUCUACACCCACUAGUCAUAUGGAGAAGGAUUUGGGUAAUGAUGCUACUUUCACUGAUCAUAUGGAGAAGGAUUUGGGUAAUGAUGCUACUCUCACUAAUCAUAUGGAAAAUGAUUUGGGUAAUGAUGCUACUCUCACUGAUCAUAUGGAGAAUGACUUGGUUAAUGAUGCUAAUGACUUUGACUUUGAAAUGAAUAUCGACAAAGAUGUGGAAUGGGUUGGAGGGUCGUCUAACACUGUGGUUGAUGAAGGCACACAUGAUGAAGCUUUAGAGGUGAUUAACACUGACUUUUUAGCAUCUGAUUCAUCAUCAAAUGAGGGGAUUAAUGGUCAAAGAAAGAAGUCAAUAAGAGCAAUUCAAAGGGCACAUGAGAAUGAUGAAGCACUUGUUAGUGAACCCUUCUAUAUUUUUCAAAAAUUUGGUUCAGCAAAGGAGUUUAAGGAUAAGGUAAAACUCCAUGCCAUAAAGACUAGAAGGGAGUUAGCCCUUGAAAAAAAUGACAAGAAUAGAGUGAGAUGGGUUUGUAAGGGAACAAUACCAAAGCUUGGGCCUAAUGUAGAAGUCAACGAUGAAGAAGAAAUAUGUCCUUGGGUCUUAUUAGCUAGUAAAUGGAAAAAAUAUGUCAACUGGACAGUUAAAACGUACAACAAAGUUCAUAAAUGUCUUCAAACUAGAACAGUAAAAGCAUCUGGAAAGAGGGAUUUUCUUGGCUUUGAUGGUGCUUUCAUGAAGGGUCCAUUUCCAGGACAAAUUCUUUCAGCCGUGGCGGUGGUUGAAACAGAGAACAUCAGUUCAUGGACUUGGUUUUUGAGUUGUCUUGGGGAGGAUCUUGGCUUGAAUACUAAUUCUAAUUUCACUUUUAUAACAGAUAGAAAAAAGGGUAUUCUAAAUGCAAUUGCAACCUUGUUUCCUUGUGCUGAAAAUUGUUACUGUGUUCGUCACAUUCGGGAUAACAUGAGGAAGCAAUGGAGGGGUAAACCUUUCGAAGACCUCUUAUGGACAUGUGCAACUGCAACACAUGUACAACAGUUUAACAAAGCCAUGGAAGAGCUAAAGAAAUUAAACAAGGAUUGUUAUGAGUGGCUUAAGAAGAUACCACCUCAACACUGGUCUAGGUUCCAUUUCGCUGGUAGACCAAAGAAGAAACGCAAAAAAGCAGCUUAUGAAAUUGAUGACAUGGUGAAGGGUAAUAGUGCAUCAAGAAUCCUUCAGUCGGUUACUUGUUCAAAGUACAACAACAUUGGUCAUAAUGCAAGGAGUUGUAAGGGACAAAAAGCUAGUGCUCCCAGUGUUCCUAGUGGUUCUGGUGGUCCUGGUGGUUCUGGUAAGGGAAAAGGAAAAGUUGGUUGA